AUGGCUGGUGAGACGCCAGUAGCAGCGAGUGUACACGUAGCCUUAUGCUUCUACAGCCCCGUUAUACACCACAAGCUCAGGAAAACUGUGGCACCAAGGAAAUCUGCUCAUUGUCGCUGUCUGCCAGCAAGAGGUAAAACCCACGUAUCAAGAUCUAUUGAGCGUUACAUUCGCUGGCUUGGUGUCAAAGUUGGCACUUUCUCCCUCGGCGACCACAGACGCCAGACUGUCGGACGCGCUAAGGAUCUCCCACCUGACUACUUUCUCCCCACUGGUAAAUCACAAGAGACUGAGAAGCUCCGUGACAGGGUCGUCGAUGAGCUCCAGGGCAACAUCCAGGACUUUUUCGUAAAUAACGGCGGUCAGGUGGCCAUUUAUGAUGCAAACAACUCUGGCGCCGCUGGUAGAGAACAAAUUCUUAAGCGUUUCGGCUCUGAGGGUCUUGGUGUACAUGUCAUCUUCCUCGAAUGCCUCUGCGAUCAAGCCGAGACUGUAGAAGCUAACAUCCGCAAUGUCAAGAUCAGUUCACCAGACUACGACAAAUGGGACUCAGAAAAAGCAGUUCAAGAUUACUGGAAGAGGAUUCGCGAACACGAGGACCAGUAUGAGACAGUCCAGGAGUCAUUCCCUUACGUAAAGAUAUGGAAUUCCGGCCAAAGAAUUAUCGUCAACAAAAUUGAAGGAUAUCUGCAGUCACGUAUUGUUUUUUAUCUGAUGAACAUUCACAAUAAACCACGCACGAUUUACUUUGCAAGAAAUGGGCAGUCUAUUGUCGAGCACUCGUACAAGGCUGAUUCAGAUUUAGCUGCAGCUGGUUGGGAUUAUGCCGACCAGCUGGCCGAUUUCAUCCUGGACAAACAGCGCCAGAAGCGCAAGGAGAGGGGCGAGUCAAGAGCGCCUAAGAAUGACAGAAAGUUCUCGGUCUGGACAUCUACUCGCCGUCGCUCAUAUCACUCCGCAUGGCCAUUCGUGAGAUUGGGUUAUAGAGUGCAUGAAAGGGCGCAAAUGUCGGAAAUUAACCCCGGUGUCUUGGAUGGUGUUGGUCCAGAGGAGUUUAGGGAGCAGUUCCCUAACGACUGGCAUUCGUCUCUCAAAGCACCUUACUCGUUUAGAACGCCAAGGGGAGAAUCAUACCACGAUUUGUGCGUCAGACUCGAGCCUGUUAUAUUCGAAUUGGAGAGAGAGCAAGAUGAUCUGUUGAUUAUUUGUCAUGCAUCUGUUAUUCGUUGUCUCAUCGCAUAUCUAACAGGAUUACCACCUUCUGAGAUUCCAAACGUUGAAAUACCUCGCGGUGAACUUAUCGAGAUGGUUCCUACUGCUUACGGCGUUCACUCGCGCUCGUUCAAAUUCUGGGAGCCUAAACCAACAGACCCGCCACCAUUGGUUAUCAGAGACGGCGUAUUGAGUCCUCGCGUGGACAGUGACUCGUCCCCAAUACAUUCUGGUCCAACACAGCCUUUCGCGCAGGCCGUGCUUGAGAAGGCUGCUGACAAAAUAGAGCCGACGCAUGGUGAAAAGUGA